CUCCGGCUGGCGCCGCCGCCUCGCGCGCUCCUCCUCCGCCGCCACCGCCCGGGGGGCUGCCGGUCCCGGGUACCAUGUGUGACGGCGUCCUGCUGCCUCCGCUCGUCCUGCCGGUGCUGCUGCUGCUGGUUUGGGGACUGGACCCGGGCACAGCUGUCGGCGACGCGGCGGCCGACGUGGAGGUGGUGCUCCCGCGGCGGGUGCGCCCCGACGACGUGCACCUGCCGCCGCUGCCCGCAGCCCCCGGGCCCCGACGGCGGCGGCGCCCCCGCACGCCCCCCGCCGCCCCGCGCGCCCGUCCCGGAGAGCGCGCCCUGCUGCUGCACCUGCCGGCCUUCGGGCGCGACCUGUACCUGCAGCUGCGCCGCGACCUGCGCUUCCUGUCCCGAGGCUUCGAGGUGGAGGAGGCGGGCGCUGCCGGGCGCCGCGGUCGCCCGGCGGAGCUGUGCUUCUACUCGGGCAUUGUGCUCGGCCACCCUGGCUCCCUCGUCUCGCUCAGCGCCUGCGGCGCCGCCGGCGGCCUGGUCGGCCUCAUUCAGCUUGGGCAGGAGCAGGUGCUAAUCCAGCCCCUCAACAGCUCCCAGGCGCCCUUCAGCGGACAGGAACAUCUGAUCAGGCGCAGAUGGUCCUCGACCCCCAGCCCUUCUGCCGAGGCCCAGGGGCCUGGGCAGCUCUGCACAGUUCUAACAGAGAAAAAGAAGCCGGGGCGCAGCAGGCCUUCGCAAGACUGGCGGGAGCGGAGGAACGCCAUCCAACUCACCAGCGAGCACACGGUGGAGACCCUGGUGGUGGCUGAUGCCGACAUGGUGCAGUACCACGGGGCCGAGGCCGCCCAGAGGUUCAUCCUGACCGUCAUGAACAUGGUGUACAACAUGUUUCAGCACCAGAGCCUGGGGAUUAAAAUUAAUAUUCAAGUGACCAAGCUUGUCCUGCUACAACAACGUCCGGCUAAAUUGCACAUUGGGCACCAUGGUGAGCGGUCCCUGGAAAGCUUCUGUCACUGGCAGAACGAGGAGUAUGGAGGAGCACGGUACCUCGGCAACAACCAGGUUCCCGGUGGGAAGGACGACCCGCCCCUGGUGGAUGCUGCUGUGUUUGUGACCAGGACGGAUUUCUGUGUACAGAAAGAUGAACCAUGUGACACUGUUGGAAUUGCUUACUUAGGAGGUGUGUGCAGUGCUAAGAGGAACUGUGUGCUUGCCGAAGACAAUGGUCUCAAUUUGGCCUUUACCAUCGCCCACGAGCUGGGCCACAACUUGGGCAUGAACCACGACGAUGACCACUCAUCCUGCACUGGCAAGCCCCACAUCAUGUCAGGAGAGUGGGUGAAAGGCCGGAACCCCAGUGACCUCUCCUGGUCCUCCUGCAGCCGAGACGACCUUGAACACUUUCUCAAGUCACAAGUCAGCACCUGCUUGCUGGUCACCGAUGCCAGAAGCCAGCACAGGGUCCGCCUCCCACACAAGCUGCCGGGCAUGCACUACAGUGCCGACGAGCAGUGCCAGAUCCUGUUCGGCACCAACGCCACCUUCUGCAGAAACAAGGAGCAUCUGAUGUGCGCCGGACUGUGGUGCCUGGUAGAAGGAGACACGUCCUGCAAGACCAAGCUGGACCCUCCCCUGGAUGGCACCGAGUGUGGGGCAGACAAGUGGUGCCGUGCAGGGGACUGCGUGAGCAAGACGCCCAUCCCGGAGCACGUGGACGGAGACUGGAGCCCGUGGGGCGUCUGGAGCAUGUGCAGCCGAACUUGUGGGACGGGAGCCCGCUUCCGGCAGAGGAAAUGUGACAACCCCCCCCCUGGGCCUGGAGGCGCACACUGCCUGGGUGCCAGUGUGGAGCAUGCGGUCUGCGAGAACCUGCCCUGCCCCAAGGGUCUGCCCAGCUUCCGGGACCAGCAGUGCCAGGCGCACGACCGGCUGAGCAGCAAGAAGAAGGGCCUGCUGACUGCCGUGGUGGUUGAUGAUAAGCCGUGCGAACUCUACUGCUCGCCCCUCGGGAAGGAGUCCCCACUGCUGGUGGCUGACAGGGUCCUGGAUGGCACACCCUGUGGACCCUACGAGACUGACCUCUGCGUGCACGGCAAGUGCCAGAAAAUCGGCUGUGAUGGCAUCAUUGGGUCUGCGGCCAAAGAAGACCGAUGCGGGGUCUGCAGCGGGGACGGCAAGACGUGCCACGUGGUGAAGGGCGACUUCAGCCACGCCCGGGGGACAACAGCUCUCAAAGACUCUGGUAAGGGAUCCAUCAACAGUGACUGGAAGAUAGAGCUCCCCGGAGAGUUCCAGAUUGCAGGCACAACUGUCCGCUACGUGAGAAGGGGGCUGUGGGAGAAGAUUUCUGCCAAGGGACCAACCAAACUACCGCUGCACUUGAUGGUGCUGUUAUUUCACGAGCAGGAUUCUGGAAUUCAUUAUGAAUACACCGUUCCUGUAAACUACACUGCUGAAAAUCAGAGUGAACCGGAAAAAUCGCAGGACUCGCUGUUCAUCUGGACCCACAGCGGCUGGGAAGGGUGCAGCGUGCAGUGCGGAGGAGGGGAACGCAGAACCAUCGUCUCUUGCACCCGGAUUGUCAACAAGACUACAACUCUGGUGAAUGACAGUGACUGCCCUCAAGCAAGCCGCCCAGAGCCCCAAGUCCGAAGGUGCAACUUGCACCCCUGCCAGUCACGGUGGGUGGCAGGCCCGUGGAGCUCCUGCUCUGCGACCUGUGAGAAAGGCUUCCAGCACCGGGAGGUGACCUGCGUGUACCAGCUGCAGAACGGCACACACGUCGCCACGCGGCCCCUCUACUGCCCAGGCCCCCGGCCAGCGCCAGUGCAGAGCUGUGAAGGCCAGGACUGCUUGUCCAUCUGGGAGGCGUCUGAGUGGUCACAGUGUUCCGCCAACUGUGGUAAAGGCGCGCGGAAACGGACCGUGACGUGCACCAACUCCCAAGGGAAAUGCGACGCAUCCACAAGGCCGAGAGCCGAGGAGGCCUGUGAGGACUUCUCAGGCUGCUACGAGUGGAGAACCGGGGACUGGUCCACGUGCUCGUCCACCUGCGGGAAGGGGCUGCAGUCCCGCGUGGUGCAAUGCAUGCACCAGGUCACGGGGCGCCACGGCAGCGAGUGUCCCGCCCUUUCGAAGCCUGCCCCCUACAGACAGUGCUACCAGGAGGUCUGCAACGACAGGAUCAACGCCAACACCAUCACCUCCCCCCGCCUUGCUGCUCUGACCUACAAAUGCACGCGAGACCAGUGGACGGUGUACUGCCGGGUCAUCCGAGAAAAGAACCUGUGCCAGGACAUGCGGUGGUACCAGCGCUGCUGCCAGACCUGCAGGGACUUCUAUGCAAACAAGAUGCGCCAGCCACUGCCGAGCUCGUGACGCGCAGCCCGGGGGUCGCCCAAAGCUCAGGCUCAAGGUCUGAAGCCUGGCACCCAGAGCACGGAAAGCCCGCCGUCCCCACCCCCCUCAGCGCACCAGCCCUGUGGCCGUGCCUCCCCAAGGCUGCCCCAAGAAUCCAACCACCUAGAACAUGAGCAUGGACUUG